UGUAUUCUAACCCAUUCUCUUAAAUGACAGAGCUCAGACCCUUCAUACCUUAUUUUGACACUGAGGGAUCUAGAUCAAUAGGAUCAACUUAUAUACAUUGAAGUUUAUUUGACAUCUAGCUACUGUCCAUGUGAAGAAAUAGGAACAAUUAUUAAUCUGAGGUAAGUCUGCUUGAUAAUUAUGUUAUGUUUUAAAACCUUUAACAGGAAACUUUUAUAAUCUAAUAAAAUCUUUAACAAUGGAAAAAACAAAUUAGAUACAAUUAAAUGAAAUUUUGUUACGUAGGAAAUAGCAAAAAUUAAACUAUACCACAUAAUCUGUAUGAAGACCAACUGGUGUUAGUUAAAAUUAAGGUUAAUUAAUGAGUAUAACAUCUUGAAAUUAACGUAAUUCUUGUUUCUAAAUGUCAAAGGAUGACUAAAGACGCGUUUGCUGUCACUGUCGUGGUAUUGUGGCUGCUCAGCACUCCAGCUAGGAGCAGAGAAACCUGGGGAUUUCAAGGCGCCAUUCCUCACCCAAAUAAAUACAACCCAAACGACUCGGAACAGUCACCGCAGACACCGCAGACCAGUUUCAGGGGAAUGGGACCGCCUUCAGUCGGGGACGAGGUGCUGGACUCUAGCCAGGAGGCUCUAUACGUAACGGAGCGCCGGUAUCUGAAACUCGACUGGUGUAAGACUCAGCCGCUGAAACAGAUCAUUAAAGAGGACGGCUGUCAGCCACGCACCAUCAUCAACCGCUUCUGUUAUGGCCAAUGUAACUCAUUCUACAUCCCGCGACACGUUUAUCAGGAAGAAGACAACGCAUUCGAGUCGUGCUCGGUGUGCAAGCCCAAAACUUACACGACCGUCUCUUACACCCUCUAUUGUCCAGGACAGAUCCCCAGUACCAGGAGAAAGCGCGUGCGGCGGGUGAAACAGUGCCGCUGUACCGCCGUGGACUUGGAUUGAGCGUGCUGACGUCAUUGCUUAACGUCCGUGCGGUUAAAUAAAAGUUACGGUUCUCUUAAUUUCUAUCGUUUAAAUUAUAAAGCAGGAGCAUUUUAUCCACAUGAAAAAAACACUGUAGUAUAUUUUAGUAUUUACUAUAGUAAACUGUAAUUCGGUACAAAAAUCCUAAUUUUUAAAGUUUAAUCAACUUGAAUGUACAAUUCAUUUCAACUUUCUUGAGUGAGAAGUUGCUAUAAAUUAUAAAAAUACAGUUGAAUUAGCUUAAGUUAUAGUAAUUUACUAACUCUUUACUAGUCAAGAAAGUUGAAAUGAAUUGUAAAUUCAAGUUGUAUUUAAACUUGUAUUUAAAUAAAAAUAUUAAUGCAAAAAUGAUUUUUUUACAGUGUAGAUGGUUGUGAAUCUUAUAGUGAAUAUUUGCUACUAUAUUUAAUAAUUCAUGCUAAUGCUAUAUAAUACUAAAGUUCACAUGAACAGGUGUAGCAAUUACUAUAAUAUUUUACAGUAUACAAUAUACCACAGUUACUAUAUACGGAAUACCAUAGUAUACUAUAGUACAGUCAUGUUAAAGAUCCCUUUUCAAUAGUUAUUUCAUUAAAGAUGGUUCUUAAUGUCCUGAAGAAUUGCAUUUUAUGCAAUUAAAUGCAGUCUGUAAAGCUUAGAAUCUGCAAUUUUAUAUUUUAGAGAUGCAGCUUUUUAAAAACCCAUGAUAAGUUAUAAUACUAUAAGAAUAGUGACAUUAAAACAUGUCUACAUUAUUCUCCACUGUGUGGAGCAAGAUUUGCACAUUGCUUAUUAUAACUCUUACUCAACCUAUUGUUUAAGGAAUUGAGUCCAGUGCGUUUUAUCCUGGUUUUAUAAAACGUUUAUUUUAUAUGUUGCAAACAGAAACAUCUUUAGAAAAACAAUGUUUUGA